AUGAACUAGGCUUGCGUCAUUUUCAUGCGCCCGUGUACACACGACCUUCUCCACGGGAAAAUGUGAUGCUGGAUAUUGGGAUUUUGCGAUAAUAUCUCGUAUUUAAUUGCAUUUAAACUUAGUAAAUAUGUUACGUAUGACACUCGUCAAAUGUGGGAGAAACGUAGCGCAGCGAUUCAUGUCAUCGGCUGGUGGGGAAAGUGCACUGCCAUCCAAUCUACGAAUCCCAACAAACCUCGUCGAUGUUCCUCGCUCCAAGCGAGCCCUUCCAUCAAAUGAAGAUCUGCCAGUAUUGCGCAGGUGUGAGGAGGACAUUGCUACACAUCUGUCUCCCAAACAGACUUGGGUGGAAUCACUAGCAAGUCGCGACUUUAAACCAAUAGGUCUUGUGGACCUGCACCCUGACGUAUUUGCUGUUCAGGCCAGAAUCGACAUCCUUCACGAAGUGGAAACCUGGCAGAGAAAUUUCAAAAGAAUUAGCUAUGCCAAAACGAAAAUCCGAAGUGAGGUUCGCGGUGGAGGCCGGAAACCGUGGAACCAGAAGGGCGGUGGACGAGCCCGACAUGGCAGCAUCAGAUCACCUAUCUGGAGAGGAGGUGGUGUGGUGCACGGCCCGAGGGGACCCACAAGCUACUACUACAUGCUACCCAUGAAAGUCCGCGUGCAGGGACUGAAGAUUGCACUCAGCUCCAAACUCACACAGGAUUACCUGCGGAUUGUUGAUAACCUGGAGAUUCCCACCCCAGACCCUCAAUAUCUGGUGGACCUUGCGGCACACAGACACUGGGGUGAUUCGGUCUUAAUUGUAGAUGUUUGUGAAGAACUUCCAGAAAACAUAAAGCAGGCUACAGCCACCCUGAAAAAGAUCAGUGUCAUUCCAGCUGUUGGCAUCAAUGUCCACAGUAUGCUGAAACAUGAAACCCUGGUCCUCACGCUGGAAGCAGUAAAGUUUCUGGAAAAGAAACUGCUCUGGCACGACCUGCGCUACUCUCCCAUCUAUCCCUUCAAGCUCCCGUACUCAGACCUUCCAUGAACACGAAACGAAAGUUAGCGUAAAAUUAAUUAAUAAAAAAUUUUUUAUUUCGUAAAAACCACGUGAUUCAAGGGAUCUCAUUUAAAAACACACAAAACAGUUCACAAAUAAAUACAGU